AUGGAUUUAGAUAGUAAAGCCUAUUCUAAGCUAAUUGAUGCAUGGAAUACUCAUGGAGGCUCUGAAGAUUAUAGAAGAAUACUUGAAAGAUUAGGCCCUUUAACAAAAAGACAUGAUCACGAAACACCAGAAAUGUGGUGCUCUCGUAUUCGUGAUCCAUUUAGGAAAAUACUAGAAGAUAACUAUUCUUCGGGGAAUAGAAUUCUUUCUAAGAAUGGAUAUAUUACGAUGUAUGGAAAUUUAAUUGAAAGAAGUGAUAGAGUCCAUGGUCUUCCAUCAAAUUACAUAUAUUGUAGUGUAUGUGACUCCUUAGUUUUCAUAUCUGAAAAUGGUCGUGGUGGUCAUUCCAUAACCUAUCGAGAUAACCACUUGAAAAGAUGCAUUUCUGGAAAUAGUAUUUCAAAUGAACAUGCGAGAAGAAAUGAAAUUCUCCAAUCUAUUGAUAGAAGGGAAUUUCAGAUCUGGCAAUAUAAGCAAUAUAUAUUAGAGGAAGAGGCUAAAAUUAAUCGUCUUCGUCUAGAACUUUUCUCCCAAUCUACCCCAUACUCAGAAAAGGAUAAGUUAGCAUCGGUAUCAUAUGAUAUUGAUGGAAAUACGGCUAGCUAUGAAAAUUAUACACAAUCUAAAGCAAAAGAUACUAUGCCAAAUGCUCCAAAUUUCGAGCCAGCUUAUAUUUCACCUACUAGACAAGAAACGAUUUUACCAACUUCUUAUCAAUCAUCAAGUCCUAGCCAAAGGCGCUCAGAGCAAGGGAUCACAAGUGAAAUAUUUAUCUCAUCUCGGUAUGCUAAACAAAAUAACUUAUUACCAUCUAUAGACCAUCUUAAUCAGCCCGCAUUAAGAUUGAGAGAUGGUACAAAAAUCACAUUCGUUUAA